AAAAAGGAAUGAAGAAAAUGAGCAACAUCUAUGAAUCAGCAGCCAAUACCCUGGGAAUUUUUAACAGCCCAUGCCUGACUAAAGUGGAGCUGCGAGUUGCAUGCAAAGGCAUAUCAGACAGGGAUGCCCUCUCAAAACCAGAUCCUUGUGUUAUCCUUAAAAUGCAGUCGCAUGGCCAGUGGUUUGAGGUUGACAGGACAGAAGUGAUUCGAACCUGUAUAAACCCUGUCUUCUCCAAGCUGUUCACGGUGGACUUCUACUUUGAAGAGGUGCAGCGGUUGCGGUUUGAAGUCCAUGACAUUAGCAGCAAUCACAAUGGGCUGAAGGAAGCAGAUUUUCUUGGUGGCAUGGAGUGCACUCUUGGACAAAUUGUUUCUCAGAGGAAACUCUCCAAGUCCUUACUCAAACAUGGGAACACAGCAGGAAAGUCAUCUAUAACAGUGAUCGCUGAGGAGCUGUCAGGCAAUGACGACUACGUUGAACUUUCCUUCAGUGCACGGAAAUUGGAUGACAAG